ACCAGACGUGUUGACGUUGUAGCCGGAACCCUUAUGCGGAUGAAGGGAGUAAAAUAAUUGACAAUAAAUACAUAUCGUAUGCCUCCGACAAAGUAAGGCCGGUUUGGUUCGGGCACUGACACCACCAUAUCAUCAAUGAUACACUUAUCUGCGGAAGGCGUCGUUUGAAGCUUUGCAGUCGCUGACAGCUGUUUCGACUCGGAGAAAUGGAGCAUAUCCGAACGCCAAAGGUGGAGCAGGUGCGACUGCUGGAUCGCUUCAGCAACAAAUCCACGAAUGGCACACUGUACCUCACAGCCACACAUCUCAUCUUUGUGGAGAGCAGCUCUAAUAACUCAACAUCUGCCGGACAGGAGAUCUGGAUUUUACAUCAUCACAUAGCGUCCGUGGAGAAGCUCUCCCUGACCACCUCAGGUUGUCCUCUGGUCAUCCAGUGUCGCAACUUCAGGGUGGUUCAUUUUGUAGUACAGAGAGAAAGAGAUUGCCACGACAUUUACAGCUCGCUGCUGCGUCUUCUACGGCCUGUAUCCUAUGAGGAGCUCUACGCAUUCUCCUACAACCCCAAACAGAACGACCAACAGCGAGAGGAAGGAUGGCAGCUCAUCGACCUCGGGGCGGAGUUUGAGAGGAUGGGUGUCCCCUGCGACCAGUGGCAGCUCACCGACGUCAACAGAGACUACAAGGUCUGCGAGACAUAUCCACGAGACCUGUAUGUUCCCAUCACGGCCAGUAAGCCCAUUAUUGUGGGGAGCUCCAAGUUCAGAAGCAAAGGACGCUUUCCUGUACUCACAUACUUCUACCAAGAAAAGAAGGCAGCAGUCUGUCGAUGCAGUCAGCCUCUCUCUGGGUUCAGCGCGCGAUGCUUGGAGGAUGAGAGCAUGCUGCAGGCCAUCAGCAAGGCCAAUCACAACAGCCGAUAUGUUUACGUCAUGGACACCAGGCCGAAGUUGAAUGCACUAGCUAACAGGGCAGCAGGUAAAGGCUACGAGAACGAGGACAACUACUCCAACAUCCGCUUCCAGUUUGUAGGCAUUGAAAACAUCCACGUAAUGAGAACCAGCCUGCAGAAACUGCUAGAAGUGAUUGGGACUCGCUCUCUUUCCAUGAGUGACUACCUGGUCGGCCUGGAGAGCAGUGGCUGGCUGCGGCAUAUCAAAGCUGUUGUAGACGCAGCCAUCUUUCUCACCAAGGCAGUAACAGUGGAAGGAGCCAGCGUGUUGGUUCACUGUUCAGACGGAUGGGACAGAACAGCCCAAGUCUGCUCGCUGGGGUCUCUGCUUAUGGAUCCUUACUACCGCACCAUCAAGGGCUUCAUGGUACUGAUAGAGAAAGACUGGAUCUCCUUUGGCCACAAGUUUGCCGACAGGUGUGACCAGUUGGACGGGGAUCCAAAGGAGGUGUCGCCUAUCUUCACUCAGUUCCUGGAGUGUGUCUGGCAGUUGACCGAGCAGUUUCCACAGGCAUUUGAGUUCAGUGAGUGGUUCCUGCUGCAGAUCCAUGAACACAUCCAUUCCUGUCAGUAUGGAAACUUCCUCGGCAACAAUCAGCGACAGAGGGAAGAGUUGCAGCUGAGAGAGCGGACUCACUCUCUGUGGGCAUUUCUAAUGAGCGAACGACAGAACUACUUGAAUCCGUUCUACAGCCCUGCGUACUCUGAAGCGCACCCUGUGCUGGUGCCUUCCACUCUGCCCUACAAUUUCAAGUUCUGGAGGAACAUGUACCACCAGUUUGAUCGGUCCAUGCACCCACGUCAGUCGAUUCUCAAAACCAUCCUUACUCUGAGAGAGAACAGCCGCAAGGCAGAGAGCACACUGCAAGCACUGGAGAGCCGGCUCCAACAACUUGGUGUGACCCCCAUCACGACCUCAGACCCCCCUGCGGCUCCACCCACCAGAGACCAGCGGUCCAACUCCAGCGCCUACCCACCCCGACCCGACUCCCUCAUCCUUGGGGCUCCCAUCAACCCCAAAGAAGUGCAGCGGCAGCAGGAGGAGGAUGACGAGCAGGAGGAGGUGGGCGAAGAGGCCACAGAGAGCACCGAUACAGAGCGGACAGUAGAGGGCAGCAGCGGCACCGAGAGCAGGAAGCAGAGCUACGGAGAGCUCGAAGGGACAUACAACAGCGAGCUGGCCAAAGAGGAGCCAGCUGUUGUCAGUCUGGAGUUUGGGGUAGCACGCAUGACCUGCUGAGACCAAACAGGGGGAUUGUGGGAUACUGAGUGAGGGGGUUUACUGAAAAUGAGUGCGUGUCAAGGGGAAGCUGUCAUUCUGUGCGUGAUGACAUGCUGAUUACGCAAUGGUCCUGAAUCGGCAGAGUGGAUGAAGUCGUAUGUCUGUAUAGUCUGAAUCUCAAUGGAAAGCCUCAUUAUUAUGUCAUAUACUGCACCUAUAGGCGAAAAGCUUGUUUUUUUAUGAAUGUUGAAAAGCACUAUAAAGAAUUAAUGAAUAGGAUAAGAGAAUAAAAAUUCAUCCCAAAAAAAAAACUGUCUCCUAGUUGGUUCCGUUUUACUUCCAUCAAUUUUUAAAACCCACAGCCUUGAUAUUCUUAACAAGUUGUCAUAUUUCAGAGCAUGAAAACCAACAGGAAAUCACAUUUUCUGGCACCAGAAAUAUUUCAUCUCAUCUAAAGCUUUGAAUCCAGCCUAAUCUGAAUGUUCUGGUGACCUGAGCUGGUUUUACUCCAAUGUGAUUAUCAUUAAGGAUAAUCUAGCACUGGAAAUUACUUCUAACUGCAGCUUCUAACUGCAUCUGACCGAAUACAGUUCAAGUUGUUUUUUAAAGUCAUCACUAGACAUUUCAGUUAUUUAUGUAACUAUUACGGUGACUAUGGACAAAUGGGCUGUGACGUUCAGACCCUGCAUGGGUUCAGCUGUCAAAGGUCGCCCUCAUUUUUCAUCUCACAUUGAUCGGAUAAUCCGACUUGCUAACGUGCAUUGAUCCCAUAUCCUAUUGGUCGUGUCUGUAUGCCAUGUCAGUGAUUUAUUGUAUAUGACAGCUGACCCUGAUCGGUGGUCAAUGUCACA